GGAUCAGUCAGGUUUGGAGUUUAAGCCUGCGCAGUCCUCAUCCCUGCACAUCUUGAGGCAGUUCAAGCAAUAUCUUAAGGUGCAGAUAAAGUCGACGACAGCGAGAGAGGAGAAGAACAUAAUCGGUCUGUCCCAGGUUACGUCCUGCACAGCGGCCUGAUUCGUCUUGAUUUAGAGCGAGUCUUGUGCUGCUCCGAGUCUCAGGCUGCCUCCGCCUGGUACCGUUGCAGAGACGAGCACAGGGAGGCACAGCCAGUCGGGACGGUCACAGGAACAGAGAGCGCAUCCAGAAGAGAGUGGGCUACCGAAAUGCAGAGAAAAAGUGCAGCCUGCUCCGUCGUCUUUUAGGCUCCUUCUUCUUCUUCUUCUUCACCGGUCAUCCUGCAUCGUAACCAUGGCGAUGCCUUUCCUGCACGUCGAAACCCCCCAGGUGGACUUUUUUGCAUCGCACUGGUGAUAACUCUUCUCUGCUGCUGCCCAAGUCUCAGGGGAUUAUCUUAGGACAUCCGGAUUUCUGAGUUUGUGUGCAGCGGCGCUCAUUAGCAUAUUGUUAAUGAAGCGAUGGCCACAGCUGACAGGACACCUGCCGGGCUCGCAGAUGGACACAGAGGUGCACGCUUUGCCUUCUGCUGACGGUUUUCCCUCUCCUCGCCUCCGCGCACUCCCCUCUCUCCGUCAAGGUGGCAUCGAGGGGCGUCGCAGCCGGCAGGGUGCUCAGCAGGGUUCGGUACACACAGCUGAGGGGCCGGCGUUUGUAUUACCUCUUUGAAAAUGGCCCAUCUCAAAGUUCUCGACUGUAUGAUUAACAACAACUGGAGCCUGAUCUGUGAUCUGUACUGCGCCUGGAACAAUCAGGCCAAGCAGAAGGAUGGGCGCGAUCAGAGCGAGGCCACGGCUUCUCCUGGGGCCGAGGAGGAGCCUUUCUCCUGGCCCGGGCCCAAGACGCUUCACCUGCGCCGGACCUCCCAGGGCUUCGGCUUCACGCUGCGACACUUCAUCGUCUACCCGCCCGAGUCUGCCGUCCACAACUCACUCAAGGAUGAAGAUAACGGCAGCCGAGGGAGACAGAGAAACCGUCUGGAGCCAAUGGACACCAUUUUCGUCAAGCAAGUGAAGGAGGGAGGCCCCGCCCACGGAGCUGGACUCUGUACAGGGGAUCGGAUCGUGAAGGUGAACGGAGAGAGCAUCAUUGGAAAGACGUACUCCCAGGUCAUAGCAUUGAUCCAGAACAGCGAUGCCUCACUGGAGCUCUGCGUGAUGCCAAAGGAUGAGGACAUUUUGCAGCUGUUUUCCAGGGAUAUCACUGCUCUGGCGUAUUCCCAGGAUGCAUACCUCAAAGGAAAUGAGGCGUACAGCGGAAAUGCCCAGAACAUCCCCGAGCCCCCUCCCAUAUGCUACCCACGGAUAGAAGUUAAAGCUGCGGGCAUGGCCCAGUCAUCAGACCCCGCAUCUGUUGGCGAGACGACCAGAGGGGCUGCGCAGGGACCAGGAAGACGAGGGGGGCCUGCGGAGAAAAGCUAUCGGGUGGAGAUCCCCGUUCCGCCGUCUCCUCCGCCCCAGCAGACGUCAAAGUCUCAGACGGUGGUGUGCGUCUGCAGUGAGAAUGCGAGGACAGUUGCCAUGCCUCCUGACCUAGUUGACAGAGGGUCCAGAGUGGCUCGGGCUGGACCCAGCCACAGGACAGAGGAAAACCGGUAUGGCCCUUCAGCAGAUUCUGGCUCAGCCAGACCCAGACCCCUCAUCCCCUCAGUACCUGGGGGUGCACAGUUGCAGUACCCCUCGUCCCGGCCCACAGAAACCCCAGUCUACUCCCCUUCAUCAACUUCUAGACCUACGGUCUACCCGGACACCUUAACUCCUGUACGGGCCCCUCUCACUACUGCCUCACCGGACACAUUCUCCACUGCCGUUUCACCAAGCGCCAACCACUACUCACCUUCUCCCACCGCCCCCUCCACCUCCCCGCACCAGAACAUUGACUGGAGGAACUACACCACCUAUAAGGACUACAUUGACGCCAAGAGGCUGCACACAUACGGCUGCCGAACCAUCCAGGAGCGCUUGGACAGCUUGCGUGCAGCUGCCAAUUCCAGUUCUGCCUACACCCAGCAACGCACUCCACCUUCUUCUUGUACCAGUCAGAGAGCGGGACUGGGCUCCCAGGUCAAACGAAGGAGCGCAUCCACUGACCGUGGGGUGGAUGCCGGUAGUCAGAGUGCUGCAGCGACAGCUCCAUUACGCAGCGCCUCGCAGGAGAGGCUAGAAAGUGGAUUAGAAAGGACGAUACCGACUAGGAACUGGCCCCGCAGCGUGUCCCAAGAUGCUCUACCUUUUUCCACCCAAACAGGAGCCCCCAAACCCCGGGCACGGUCUUGCGACUAUCUGGUCCAGCGGCCUCCGGAGUCGGGAGGGGCUGUUUCUGGAGAUAAGGCAGGGUUGGAGGACAGGGUGCUGCUGUGCCAGGGAGAGGAAGCUAGAGCUAGCAGGCAGGGAGCAGGCCUGAGAGCUUUACCUCAUCAGAACAGGAGUCUCACUGGACCAGAAGAAGAAGAAGGGCGAGGAAGUUUAUUAUCAAACUCCCCGUUAGCUGCUCCUGUGUUUACUAAAGGUACAACGGAUUCUGCACUAUCAUCCAGGACAGAUUUCUUAACGAGGCCCUCGCGUCUGCCUGUUAAAAACGCCAUGUCAGACCCCUCGCCUGCCUUAUCCCCCACUAAAACCGCAGACCCUCUUAAAGACCAAAGAGCUAACAUAGGAAACCAUAUGGGCUACCCCUCACUGCCACACCUACAGAUCAGGGCCAGGGCCGACAGUCUGAAAAUGGAGAGCAGGUCAGAGGCCGGGUUGGCGGCCAGAUCCUCCUCUUGCUCAGGUCCCUCCUCUAAACUGCCCAUUCAGAGACAACAAGCUGUCGCCUCUUCCUCCGGUUCCCCCGCCACUAAUGGAGGCGUGGCCCAAAAACCAAAGGUGAAGGAAACCUCUAGUUCCACAGGCGCACUCGUACGGACUAACGGCGGCGUUGCAGAAGGCGUAGAAGGACCUGACGCAACAGUCGUCGUCCUGAGAAGAGACAAAAACUCUCACUCUCACGUUCGCCCUCCGUCCUACGUACUAGCCGUUAACGACAACCAGAGAGGAGUGACUCAUAAGUCGCCACCGUUGGUGAAGGCAGGCUCUGCAGAUGGCGCCAUGUGCUGGAUGUCUAACGAGAGCUGCAGAGAGAUGCAUCUGAGAAGGCUGGGAGACACACGACAAAAGUCUGGCUCCAGCAACCUGGAUGACUCUCUGGAUUCAAUCCCCUUCAUUGAUGAACCGUCCAGCCCCAGCACUGACCAGGACAGCACACUCAUCCCUGCCUCUGCUGUGAUAUCAGGAACGCCCGUCAUCACCACCAUCCCACCCAGCCCCACCUCUCCGUCCCCCCUCCUCCGACGCCAGCUGUCACAUGACCAAGAUUCUCUCCGUCUCACAAUUAUUGAGUCAGAUUCUGGUACGAAAACCGAGCGGUCCAAGUCGUACGACGAAGGGCUCGAUAACUACCGGGAGGAGAGCAAGGGGAGGACUUUGAUUCCUGGUCUGAAAAGUCUCAGGAAGGCUGCUGACAGGUCCUCAGAAGACUCGGGCUCCAGGAGAGACUCUUCGUCCGACAUCUUCUGCGACGCCUCCAAGGAGGGUUUGCUGCAUUUCAAGCAGCUUCACGCAGAUAAGGGGAAGCGCGGAGGAGGCAUGAGGCCAUGGAAGCAGAUGUACGCCGUGCUGAGGGGCCACUACCUCUGCCUGUACAAAGACAAAAAGGAAGGACAGGCCCACGCCAACUGUCAGGCGGUGGACGAGCCCGUCCCCAUCAGCAUCAAGGCCUGUCUGAUCGACAUCUCCUACAGCGACACGAAGCGGAAGAACGUGCUGAGGCUGACCACGUCGGACUGCGAGUACCUGUUCCAGGCUGAGGACAGAGAGGACAUGCUGGCCUGGAUCAGAGUCAUACAGGAGAACAGCAACCUGGAUGAGGAGAACGCAGCCUUCACCAGUCAUGACCUCAUCAGCAGGAAGAUCAAGGAGUACAACACCUUGAUGAGCCCGACUGGAAGUAAGACGGAGCCGUCACCCAGACCUUCACGACAGUCGCUGAGCAUCAGACAGACGCUGCUGGGAGGCAAAGGAGAGACCAAAGCCACGAGUCCACAUUCACCCAAACCAGAGCAGGAGAAGAAGAGCAUGCACAAAGAUGACACCAGCCCUCCGAAGGACAAAGGAACAUGGCGGAAGGGCAUCCCCGGACUCAUGAGGAAACCUUUCGAGAAGAAGCCGUCACCCGGGGUGACGUUCGGAGUGAGACUGGACGACUGUCCUCCUGCACAGACCAACAAGUUUGUUCCUCUGAUCGUGGAGGUUUGUUGUAAGCUGGUGGAGGAGAGAGGACUGGAGUACACGGGCAUCUACAGAGUCCCUGGAAACAACGCCGCCAUCUCCAACAUGCAGGAGGAGCUCAACAACAAGGGCAUGAACGACAUCGAUAUCCAGGACGAUAAAUGGAGGGACCUCAACGUGAUCAGCAGUUUACUGAAGUCCUUCUUUCGGAAACUUCCUGAGCCGUUGUUCACCAAUGAUAGGUACGCAGACUUUAUAGAGGCUAACAGAAUAGAAGACCCGGUGGAAAGACUGAAAGUGAUCAAGAGGAUGUUGCAUGAGUUACCGGAUCAUCACUACGAGACCCUCAAGUUCCUCUCAGCUCAUCUAAAAACCGUGGCUGAAAACUCAGAGAAAAAUAAGAUGGAGCCAAGGAACCUGGCCAUCGUGUUCGGCCCCACUCUGGUGCGGACCACCGAGGACAACAUGACCCACAUGGUGACGCACAUGCCAGACCAGUACAAGAUAGUGGAGACCCUCAUUCAAAACUAUGACUGGUUUUUCACAGAAGAGGGAAACGAAGAUCCAGUGACCGUGUCCCAGGAGGAGAGCGCCGUGGAGUCCCAGCCCGUCCCCAACAUCGACCACCUGCUCACCAACAUCGGGCGGACGGGCACGUCGCAGGGUGAAGUAUCAGAUUCACCGACUAGUGACUCCGCUAAAUCAAAGGGUUCCUGGGGCUCAGGGAAGGACCAGUGCAGCCGAGAGCUCCUGGUCUCCUCCAUCUUUGCUGCAGCCAGUCGCAAAAGAAAGAAGUCAAAGGAGAAGCCGCAGCCUAGCAGCUCGGACGACGAUCUGGACUCUGUGUUCCUCAAGAAGGAAGUACCAGGACAGAAGGCAAACCACCACCACAGCCUCCAGACUGAGACGCCGAGCCAGACCAGCCCCAACGCCAAACCCAACGCGAAGCAGCAAGCGCGGGCAGAAGAGAGGAAAGAGAACGGGCGGACGGUGGAGCUCAAUCCAAAACCUAAGCGAGAGCACAGGAACUCCUUCUUCCUGAAGGAGAAGACUCCACCCAGACACCCGUCGCCUUCGCCCUCCCCGUCCCCGAACGUCUCCAGCUCUCCUAACAUCUUCCAAACGGCUCCUCAGGGGAAAUCGUCUCUAUCAGACCCUCCGUCACAGCUGGAUGAAAACACCUCCGACCUCGGCACCAUGAGCUCCGGAGCGUCGGUGCCACGGUCGAGGCCGAAGAAGUGGACGGCCGGAGCCGAUCUGCCUGCAUGUGUCGGACUGGGAGUCGGAGCCGGAGCCGGAGCCGGAGCGUCGGCCGGCGCAGAGGUGAGCUCCAUCACCUCCGACUACUCCACCACCUCCUCCAUCACGUUCCUGACCGGAGCGGAGUCCAGCGCGCUCAGCCCCGAGCUGCAGGGCGGCGAGGAGGCGGACGACGAACGCAGCGAGCUCAUCAGCGAGGGGCGACCCAUGGAGACGGACAGCGAGAGCGACUUCCCGGUGUUCGCCCCGGGGGGCGGCAGCAGCCAGUCCACGCCCUGCCCCCAGCAGAGCCAGGGGAAGGCCGAGCCGAGGGUCGGAGGCGCGGCCGAGGGCAGCACCACGCCGAAGCUGGAGGCGCGGCGUCUCUUCCCGUCGCACAGGAUGAUCGAGUGCGACACCCUCUCGAGAAGGUGGUCGCUAAGGCAGAAAACAGACAGUGAAUCGUCAGUGGAGGGCGUCGCUGGGAGCGGGGAGCGCGGCGAGGGCAGGGCGGAGUCUUCCACUCGGCUGUCUCGAGUCCUGGAGGUGAUGAAGAAAGGCCGGUCGACGAGCAGCCUCAGCUCAUCUUCCCGCAGCGAGUCGGAGCGGCCCGAGCCGGCCUGGCACCUGAAGAUCACAGAGCGGCUCAAGUUCAGGCUGCGAACAUCUGCCGACGACAUGUUCACCCACAAGAGCCGGACUCCCGACGCCCGCGGGAAGAAGAAGAACAUCCGCCGCAGGCACACCAUGGGCGGCCAGAGAGACUUUGCGGAGUUGGCGGUCAUCAACGACUGGAGGGAGCAGGGCGGGGUGGACCAGACGGCCGAACUAUCAGCCCUAGACCGCCUCAAACCGCGAUGCUCCUCUCAGGACUUCUCCAUCCGGGACUGGAUCGCCAGAGAGCGGUGCAAAGGCUCCGAGUCCAGCGGUGAGGUUGCACCCAAAGCCGUCCCAGAGGACGACCACCCGGAGGCCCAGGAGGUCGUCGCCCCUGAUAGACCUCCGCCCUCGGCGUCUCCGGCGGCCCAGCCGCUAGCGGGAGUGAACGGCGGCGGGCUUCAAAGCAAAAACAAGGCCUCCCUCGGGGCAGACGCUCACCCACACAAACUCUCUGGAACACAAGUCGUCCGCUCACGCUUCUACCAGUAUCUGUGAAACGACCGGAGCGGUUUUGUCUAGUGUGUGUGUGCGUGUGCGCAUGUGUGUGUUAGAGAGAGAGAGAGAGAGAGAGAGAGGAAAAGCCAGAAUGAAUGUGUGUAUUUUAGCUACCGCACAAUAUUUUUUCUACAAAGUAUACUUUAUGUAUCUACUGUACAUACUGUGUAUAAGCUUUCAUGAUUGUUACUGGAAUAAUGCUGAAGAGAUGUUUAAUGUGUGUAAUUCCGCUGCCAUACUGGAACACAAAAACACAGACUGUCUCCUGCAGCCCUACUCAUGCAAGAAUGUGACUUUACUGUCAGUAGGACACGAAACGGUCAACUUGAGUAUUACUGAAGAAUGCGAGAGGAAGCUCUUCUCUAAGUUCUGUUCUUCCUCUUAGAAGCAGUAUGAAGAAUGUAUUACUCUUUUUGGACUAACACUAGUUGCUUGUGACAAUAUUGUCUUUUUCAAAACAAUAUGUAUGUAAUUGUUUUUUCUUUUUUUCUUUUUUUUUUUUGCACGUACUUGAAGUACGCGGAGUAAACUGAGGGCUGCUUUCUGGGCUGGGUGCUGUGGGAAGUUUCUUUUUUUCACAGCACACUCACAACAGCCAGAUAUUAGCUUGAAGGACUGACUGAGGAUUAUUAGAGUUUUAUCAAAUAAAGACUGAAAACGUAAUGAAAUGCUGAUACUAUAGUAUGUAAUGCUUGGUACAGUAGUUUUUAUUUCCAAAUUGUUUUGUCAAGUUAUAGUCCAAAAAGUACGUUUUUACAUAUGUGUGAAGAAAAAAGUGCCUCUUUUCUUUUUCUUUCUUUUUUUUUUUUUUUUAAGAAAACAGUUUUUAUAGACAGCUGUGAAUUUGAAAACAACCUCACAGGCAUUCCAGAUAUUUUCCUGUUUUUAGUUAAACUCAUUCAGAUGUAUGUCAGUGUUUAUGUUUCAGUUUUUUCCCCCCUCUUCUGUGUUUUUAAAGUGCAGUAAAAAACAAAACAAAACAAAAAAAAAAACAAACGCAUGGGCGCUUAAAAAGUGGGAGAAAAAUUUACGACAGAUUCAUCUUUGAAAAUUGCAUGAGACAACGUUUGCUGAAGAGUCAACAUCUUGCCUGUCUACUACAAGACAUGGGUGCAACACCUCCCCCCUCAACAAACACUGGAAAUAAAUAAUCUUUAUUAGA